AGCCAACACCACAGUGAAAACCUUGAAAGACUGCAAUUGGGACGUUGUUGAAUAUCAGACCCUCCUUCAAGAUGCUCAAGCAAUUAAAUCAACUUGUGAAAAAGGAAUUCAUGAGUUGGCAGUAUGCUGCGACAAAGGCAACUUCAAGUCCUGUAAAGCAAUGUUAAAAGAUAAUGCUUCCAAUAUCAAGGCAUACACAAGAAACAUAUUUAAGACGGCACAGGCAGCAGUCAGUCAUGUAGAGGUGAUCAUAAUUUCCAUUGAGAAAAGGACAAAUAACUAUACUCUCCAUUUCUAUUUUAUUUUGAAAUGUGCAUUUGAAUGUUUGUGUAAGUUGAGUAUCUUUGUUGCAAAGUUACAAAAUUUGUUCCGAUGAUUUAUGACGAUUCAACUUACAAACCUUCAUCAUCAUAAAUCAUUGCCGGAACAAAUUCAAGGACAAACUUUUGAAUCUUGCAACAAAUAUUCCAAACUUAUGCAAUUUAAAAACAAACAUUUGAAAUCAGAUUUCAAAAGUAAAUUGAAAUUGAGAGUAACAAGAAAUAAUUCUAGCGUUACUUUGGAAUAUUGAUAAUUUACGUAUUUUUUUAGUGUUUUUUGAAGAAAGUUGUUACACCUAGAAAAUUACACUAUGGCAUAACAUUGCAGUCAUUGCCUCAACAAUCCACAGCAAUUUGUUCUCCUAUGGCAAAUGUUAACGCAAGGCCCCUAUUGACAGGGGUAAUGCAUUUUUGUGCUAUCCUGCUUGAAUAAAGGUUUUAAUAUCUAUAUGUACUGUAUGUAAACUCGUAGGAGACAAUGGUUUUCAAGAUAAGUGUUCAUUGUGGUAUCAUUUCAGUUCUUUCUGAUGGAACUCCAGUUAGCAAGGCACCUCAUGCAUACAUAACCACCAUCACAUCUUUGGGAAAUCCAUGAUCUUGUCACAAUUGAUGGCAUGACUAGAAAAGAAGCAAUACUCCAUUAAAAAUAAACUUGUUACUUAUGUCUAUACUCCAUGUACAUUUGUGAGAAAUACUCCUGAGACAUUUUUACACUGCCCUGUUGGAACAUUUUUAUUUCAACAUUUUGUUGAAGAAUACAAAAAGGUUGGAGCUGAUUUCAAUUUGUAGUUGUACAUUCCCGAAAUUGAUCCUGUGACAACAGAUGUCCACCAUGACCGUGGUGACCACAAUCACAUAUAUAAAAGGAUAGCAUCAAGUACCAGGAAUGGGAAUUGUGAAGCACUUGAUUAUGCCGCAUAUGGUGAUGUUCUUCAUGACCCAAAGAGUGGUCUAACCCAUGUACCUCUAGUAGGUGAAAGGAAACAAAGCUUCGCUGAUAGUGAAUGGCUAUUGUCGUAUCAUGUGGUGGAUUCACUGCAAAGACUGGGGUAUAAGACUGAGGCAAAAUGUGUAAAGGUUAGUUUAAUUAAAACUUUUGACUGCUGUAGAAAUCGUUGCAAGUUUACAACUAUUACCAUCAGGGGUUGAGAAAAUAGGCGAGCACUGCUCGCAGAAAAUGUUAAACAGCUGCAGGAAUUCGUUUGAAUGAAGAUCUGCUAUUGAAAAUUUGAAGGAAGCCUUAACACCUAUGUCCCACUAUGGGCCCAACAACAACAUGGUUGACAGACAAUUAUUCCUUGGAUUUAAACCAUAGUCACCUAGUGUUCAAACAAUGUUAUUUUAGGUUAUCAUUAACUGGUACAAUGCAACAGAGGAAUUAUGCAGUUGCAGCACUGUAAAUACAACCAUGAAAUGUUAAAUUACAUUUUGGAAGUGUGGAUGCCUUGGUACAAAAAUUGCUACACAUACUUUAUCUUUAUUAACAAGUAAGUAUAUCCUUCUCUAAUAGACAAGUUGAUGAAGUUAUAGUGUCCUUACUCGGAACCCUAUCUUAUACAAUUUGUUCUCUGAUCUCCUAUCGUUCUAGGCCUGUUGAAAAUGUAAGAGGUUUCUUAUGGGAAACUGUCAUUGAAAUCACCAGUAACAUUGUGAGUCAGGAAUACAGAUGCAGAAAGAUCACCAAUAUUUGGCUAUCCAAAGCAUCCACGGGCUGGUGGGACUGAUGAUUUGGAAACAAUUUUUUGUAUUGUUCACCGAAAUUUAGGGACAUAAAAAGGUAAGAAAAUUAGAUCAAGAUAAGUACAGUAUUUUAUAUUGGACAUAACUUUUGCAAAUUCACCAAGAGGAUGGAUGAAAAUUUGCCAUUUCACUACUUCACAUUAAAUGGCAGAUACAAACAAGAAUACCCAUCAUUUGAUGAGUAAAGUAAGUCACAGAAAGGAACCAACCUCUUCGACUGCACCACCUCCGUGUCAAUCUCAGGUAUGUUAAUGCCUGGGUCUCAGUUUGUGUAUUUAGCGAAAAUAGACAAAAAAUCAUAAAAAAAUAAGUAUGGCCUUGAUUAUUAUCAUUCAAGUUUUAUAUGAUUUAUCAAAGGAGAUUCUAAAAGUUGACUUACUUUUCGUUGUCAUGGCAACGAUCGCGUGAUGUAUAUUUCGAAAAACAACACAAAAAGUGAUGCGCAGAUCUGCAGCAGUAUAAUUCGUGACUGACAGGAUGCAAAAUUGCGAUAAUCAUUCACACAUGAUAUCACUGUUUAUUGAAUGAAUCUGGAAAGUUUACAUUUAGGCUUCGUUUCAUUUUAUGUGGCUAUAUUACGACGAUCGGCAUCAAACAAAUGUUAAUCGCAUCAAAAGAAGCUCCCUAGUUAUAUUGUCAACAGAUGGGGCAGAAUAGUCGACAAAUCCACAAGUGAUGAUCCUGAAGUAGGCCCAGAUGAAGAGAGUGAUGAGUCAGUCAUUAGCUUGAAUACUUACCCAACGUUCAAAGAGUUCUGUUGUUUCCUGACAACUGAAGCAAGAAUCGCCUGUCAUCCCGUCACAAGCCAGCAAUCCUUAAAGAGCGAGGAAACGUCCAAUCUUGAUAAGAAAAAAUGGAUUCUUAAAUCGGGUGGUAUUGGAGCUAGGAGUUUUGCUAUUGGCAGCAAUGAGGAGCAAAGAGGUAGACAGACGAACAAGCAAGUUGAUGAACAAGACAUCGUAAAAUCAAAACCGAGAUGCAGUUAUUGUAAGGAAGAACAUGAACUUGAUACGUGUGUCAAAUUCCUGGAGAUUUCUAUCCCAAAUAGACAAGCAUUUAUUAUUUCGAAACGUCUUUGUUGGGGGUGUUUGAAAUGGGGUCACAGUAAUCAUUCGUGCCAGCGAAAAAAGAACUGUCAUACAUGUGGCGAAGUACACCCUACGGCAUUACACAGGGACAAGCCAUACCAAGGCAAACCAUAUGGAAACCUUAAGCUGAAGGAAGUGCCAAAACCCAAUGAAGAAGUCAAUUCCCAAGAAAACACUACUUCUAACUGUAUAGAAGUCCUCGAUAUGAAAGCUACGGGUGAGCCAGUUUCUCAUUCACUUAUAGUACCAGUGUGGGUCCAUCACUCCAACGAUACGAGUAGGAAGAUAUUAACUUACGCUUUGCUGGAUGACCAGUCUGACGCUUGCUUCAUUAAAGACUCUGCACUCAAAGCACUUGGAAUUAAUGGUCCUGAAGUAGAACUCAAACUUUCUACAGUUUUAGCCCAGAAAAAGAUUAAGAGUAGGAAGAUUACUGGCCUUGUUGUUCGUGGAGUAAACAAGACUGUAGAUAUAGCCUUACCAAGGACCUACUCACGAGACAUCAUACCUGCAUGA